UCCAGUGCGAAUGUAAUUUCGGACAUUGUUGGCCCUUUUUUCCUACAGCACCGGUGCUUAGACUCCACCUCCUAUUCACAAUAAAUUGCCAAUUAUUUGCAUGCUUGAUUGAAUGGGAUGUUGAGAAAAGCAAUUCAUGCACUAAAGUUCGUGCUCUCGAGCGAAAUCAAAGCAGUGAAAAUAUAUUGAUUGAAAAAGGUGUUUGGGGUAAACUAGCAUGAGAAGGGGCAGUUUAAAGAAAUUGAGAUCUUGCAAUUGAUGACAUUGGGGAUUGCCUGGAGAAUCAUGGAGCAGACUAUGAAUGAGAAAGAGGAGCUUGUAAAAAAAUCUCUAUUUAGCUUCGUAAGGAAGCAAGUACCUACUGCACAAUUAAGUUUAAUCGAUGACAUAGUUCUCUCCUACGUUGUGUCAAUGGUAGAAGAGAGUGCGUUGGAGGAGGAUUUGGAUGUUGAAGGGCUCUGUGAGAUGGUUUCAGCUUGUCUCCCUGAAUUUUCAACCAUCGAAAAGGAUGCUGUAUCCAAAUGGUUGUUGGAUGUAGAGAGUGAACUACGACAAGAUACAAAAGGCUCCAGCGAUUGCCAAUCCCAUGAUCCACUGGGUCAACUGAGCCUGGCUGCACUCUUACCCCCAGAUUCACAGAGGAUGCGAGUUCAUCACGUUUGUGAAACCAGUGAUGCUGGUAGUGAUUCCAGUGGAGAAUAUUUCACUGAGCAACAGGAAGCUUCUUGGCACGAGAUUUCCCUCCUCCAGGAGAUGUUUCCAGCUGCAAGUCCCGCUGAAAUACGUCAUUGCCUGGCAAUCGCUGAUGGUGAUAUUACUAAAGCUGCUCAACUUGCACUCCACAGACAAGAAGCUGGCCAGAGUAUUACCAGCAACCUCACUUAUUUAACGCCAAACAGACGUGCAAAGGCUAGUGUCAACGAUGAUGAACUGAAAUCCCGAAUAAUUGCCCGCUACAGCUACGUCGAUCGUGACGAUGACUCUCGUGAACAUCGUCCAGUCACCCCAAAGCGUGAGCCAAAAAAACUAGUUCGCUAUUUGGAUAACAAAAUUGUAAGUGUCAAGGGGGAACGAUAUACUGAGAUAAGACGCGGUGGAGAGGAUGAGGAUGGUAACGAGGGGGGCAGAAAGCGGAAUCACUGCCGCCCGUAACCAGUAACCCUGCCUCCACCCCCUGAUCCACCCCCUUGGAGGCAUAUCUGAUUCUUAAUGUUUUUUCUCCCGCGUAUGACGCAGGUUCUCUCGUUAUUUUUUUUGCACUGCAACCGAUGAGAUUGAUUUUUUGAGUUCAUGCGUUCAGAAAGAAACUGUAAGUUACUGAUUUACAUUUUUCAAUUUGCACAUUCGAUGAAUUUAAUGUUCUGGAAAGUGGAAAAUAGUCUGAUCAGAAUUGUUUUCCGUGAAAACGAAAAGGGAGGCAAGAGUUCUGAUAUUGAAAUUUUCUCAUGAUCAGUCAAUUUCGGUGCAAAUCCUCUGGAUUUUUUUUUAAUACGGUUCAUUUCGUUGAAUACAUGGCCAGAUCAUUGAACGAAAUAUUCAGGGAAAACUCCACUGAAAUAUGAUUAUCAUCAACAAGCGCAGCGAAAAUGCCACUGAUUUGGUGAAAUCAAAGCAAAGAAUUAUAAAGUGAGCUGUGUAUAAGCAACUGUAGACGAACGAUUGUGAAAAUCGAUGGAAAAUCAAUCAUCAUAACAUCUCGUUUGAGAGGAUCAGCAUGAAAGUGGACUGGUUAGUGCAGCUUUUGCUUUUCACAUCACAUGAUUUUGUAUUUUUUUUUCGUCAUGAUAUUUUCUCUUUUUUGACUGAUAUUGUGCAUAGACUUUUGUACGUUAUAGUUUUUCUAAGAUUUUAUUUUGUUUGGUUUUGCAAGAAUAAACCCCUCACAUUUUUAUGCACAUCAGUCUGCUCCAUACCGUUUUAGUAUUCUCAUGGACUCUCAUCCAUAAAAUAUCUUGAAUGGUUCUUACAAUGUAUGUAAAUUUUUUGAGAAGAUUUUUCUCUGUAAUAAUCGGAAGGUGGAAGCUUCAUCGGAUAGUUUUUAGGAGUGUGUCCAAUUUAGGUGAACUCACCAGAAAUUUUCAUCAAGAUAUUGAAUCCAAUUUUUGUAAGCAUGUGUUCAAGCAUUAUCCACAAUAUUUUGUCGAUUUUCUCUCUUUUGCAGAUAAUCAAGAAUAAAAAUGAUUAUUAAUUGCAUAAUAAUACGAUACAAAAUCACUAUUGUCAUUAAAAGGCGGUUGAUAAUAACGCAGAAUUAUCAUGUUAAUGAAGGCAACAUGCAAAUUUUCUUCUGCGAUAUCGUUUCUCGUAACUUGAAUAUUAGUCAAUAAGUGCGAUCAAUCACUUCGUAUUCUUCAACACCGACGGAAUAUUUUCUCGAUAAAAUAGUUCAUUGCAUAGAAUGGAGUCCUUUGUGGCCUUGUCUACAGAUCGUGUAAGCCCUACAUUUAAGGUUGUAUUGCCCACUUUUCGCCAAUUUUUUCUACAUUUUUAGGAAAUUUAUUGGUCGGAUUGAUGCGCAAAAAUAUAUCGUUUUACGUUUUAUCAUUCAUAAUUUCAGUAAAAUUUUGUGCAUUUCCGACAAGUUUAGGAAAAAGCAGAAAUGUCUGCACCAUGAUGAAACUUACUUAGUCUUCAAGUGCUGUAAAAAGCAAAAAUGGUUAACUUAUCGUGCGUAAUUCGCAGUGUUCAAUUUGACCAUGUGUUUAUUUUUCUUCAAUUUCACACACUCAAAUUAUACUUGUCGAAUUGCACAUAAUAAAUUAAACAUUUACAAAUUUGAAAUCUACAAUUUGGAUUUCAGAUUGCAUAAUAUAUCAUUUGAUUGGUACAUUUCCAUUAGGAGAAUUUUAUAUGUGUAUCGUGUAAUUGGAAUGUGAGGAUUGCCAUUUUUGUAGACAAGAUCUCAGUGCAAAACAUCCCAGGCGACAAAAAAUGAAGGGAAAUGUGUGUGAUUGGUCCUUUCGUCGAGAAAAUGCUGUUUUGGUGUUGAAAUAUACCAAUCACUUAGCGAAAUUAUUACUUUUUUUACGCCAUAUUAUUUAACAGUAUUACUAUUGUUAUAAUGGUUGAUUAUAAAACAUUCUUGACUACUAUUGGGUAUCCUCAGAAUGUGAGGGAAGCGGAUGCAAGAAAAAUUAUUACACUAUUUGGAAAUAAUAGCCACCAUUUAUUGGCGGCUGCUAUCCGUUUUUUUUAUACACUAUGAACAAUUCUAUGUUCCUGAAAUUUUUUUUUAAAGUAAAGUGAGAAUUUCCCUGCAACUAUGUUUUUAACAUGUCGAAAUGGGAAAUUGCCAAUUUUAUUUCGUUCAUGUCUAUCUGAUUCAUUGAAUCUCUAUUAUAUGAGUAUAUUAAUAUAAUUCGUUUUGUAUUUCAUUUCUUCACACGAAAAACUAGAAGAAGCUAUAAAAUAAAAAAAACAUAUUAGCAUUUGCCAGGUGUGUAGAACUAAUUCGAAAUCAUUAGAAGUCUUCACGUAGUGAGCAGUGAUAUUCUUUAGGAUUAAAAAAAAAAUAACUAGAUGUUUCACAGUGGGCCGGUCCUUGCCGUAGACGUAGAUAUAAAGAAUUAAAAACUGAUUAGAAAUUAUCAUAAAUAAUAAAUACUAUUAUAUUAUAUGUACAAUUAUGAAGGAAAGAGUGACAAAAAAUACCUAAAUCAUGGAAAAUUAGGUAUAAUUGAUUAGAAGAGAAAUGUUGAAAAAGUAUAAGGAGAAAAAAACACAAGAGAAAACGUUUUUUAUAAUUGAGCAACUAAGGCUUUGGAAAAAUGAUCAAAUAUUUCAUUGCACUAAGUUUUUCUGCGAUUAUGAGAGAUCUCAACUGCUUCGACUGUUCCCUGUAUUGACAUUUACAUAUAUAUAUAUAGAUAUAUAUAUAUAUAUACAGUGAUUGUACCUUUAUUAUAAUGAUUACCGUAAAUGUAGCAGUAGAUGAGAAUGAUUGUAAACCACAAAGAGAAACGAGAAAAAUUACAAUUCUGAUGAUAAAAUUUGCAAAUUGUAAUUAUUCUAAGCCAAUAAUGUGUACAGAAUGUAUCGAGCAUUUCGAUUUUCUGGUAUAAUAUGAACAAAAAAUAAAUGUAAAAAACAUUGUAAUUCUUUUCCAUUAAAAGUUUUUCUUAAUGAUUGUGACAAAAAACUGUAUUUCUGUCGGCUGUAAUUUUUUUUUAUUUUCUGAGAGCCAUGAAUGAUUUAAAGAUUUAAUAAAAAUAAUAAA